UCUCUCUCAAUUUCUUUUUUUUUUUUUUUGAAUCUCUAGAAAAAAAAAAGAAAAAAAAUGUCACCUUAGUAGUAUAAACUAGUAUUAAGCUGUACCUUUCCGAUCUGUAUACAAGCAGUUGAGCGCGAAGUUUUCUGUGUAAAAAAGCUCGUUCUUGUCAAUAUAGGACUGUCAUUCGUUUUGCUACCUUUCAAACUAUGAUGUCAUCAAGUGAGAAAAUAAGAGAAGUAGGAGAAGGAUCAUCAUCAAGAUCAUCAUCAGGUGGCGGUAUUACUAUAGCACCACCUGAUCAUCAUCAUCAUCAUCACCAGCCAUCACCACUACCACCGCCACAACUGAGUCGAUACGAGUCACAAAAACGUCGCGAUUGGAACACUUUCGGACAAUACUUGAAAAAUCAAAAACCUCCGGUUCCACUAUCAAACUGCAACUACAACCAUGUGUUAGAUUUUCUUCGAUACCUCGACCAGUUUGGAAAAACUAAGGUUCACUUACAUGGUUGUCUGUUUUUCGGACAACCCGACCCGCCCGGACCAUGUACUUGUCCUCUUAGACAAGCAUGGGGAAGUCUUGAUGCUUUAAUAGGAAGACUUAGAGCUGCUUAUGAAGAAAAUGGUGGUUUACCGGUGAGUAAUCCAUUUGCAAGUGGUGCAAUAAGAGUUUAUUUAAGAGAAAUAAGAGAUUCUCAAGCUAAAGCAAGAGGAAUUCCUUAUAAGAAAAAGAAGAAAAAGAAGAUAAAUAUGCAAAUUAAGACUAGUAAGACUGCUGUUGCUGUUGCUGGUGCUGCGACUUUUCAGUUACAAUCUUCUUGAUUGUUAAAAAAGGGUAAAAUUUUAAGCUUUUAAAAUAAGAGGAUUUUUUUUUUUUUUUUUUUUUUUUUUUUGAAGUGGCUCAUAUUUUUCUUAUACAAUUUGAAGGUACUUCAUGAUAUGAAGGUAUGUAAAAAAUAGUGCUAUAUAAAUUACGUACUCUGAAUUAAGGUAUUUCUCUAAGAUCA